AGUCUAGUAAACUUUUUAAACAUUUAGUUGAAGCGCUUGUCGGAAAUAUGUGGUGGCUUUGCGGAUACAGUUUAGCAGUUUUAAUUUCGUACGUCGAUUUCGGUUACGGACAGGAAAUCUCUAACAAUUGCGAGUUAAGGGAAACUUGCGGGGAUUGCAUACAAGAGACUGGAUGCGCUUGGUGUAUAUCGCCGAUAGGUGAGAAUGGUCAACAAGGGCAUUCCAAAGUGCACUGCGUACCGCGUGAUUCUGAUAAACAGAAAUUAUGCGGACCUCAGGAAACCGUAAACCCGACUUCAACGUUUCAAUUGAUCGACGAAAAACCGUUGAGUAACGAGUACGAUCCCGUUCAGAUUAGUCCCCAAAGAAUCCGAAUCGCCGUUAGGAAAGGAGAACAGUAUACAGUUCGGUUUAAAUACCAACAAGCUAGCAACUAUCCCGUGGAUCUCUAUUACAUAAUGGACUUGUCAGCUUCGAUGAAAGAUUCCAAAGACAGAUUAGGUCAAUUAGGUCAAGAACUAGCGUCCGCGAUGAGGAAGAAAACUAACAACUUUCAAAUAGGCUUUGGAAGUUUCGUCGACAAAGUGACACUCCCGUACGUGAACACGUAUCCAGACGCCUUGGAGAGCCCGUGUGCGGGAUGCGCAGCCCCAUACAGUUUCAAAAAUCACCUGUCGCUCACAAAUUCGUCCAUGGAAUUUUCCCAAAGGGUCACCCGCACGCAAAUAUCAGGAAACUUGGACACCCCCGAAGGUGGUUUCGACGCCAUGAUGCAGGCAAUCGUAUGCGAUGACGUUAUUGGAUGGCGUCCUAAAUCACGCCACCUUCUGGUAUUUUCUACGGACGCGGUGUCCCACAUCGCCGGAGACGGGAAAUUGGGCGGGGUCGUGGAGCCCCACGACGGUCAGUGUCACAUGGAGGAAAACGAAUACAAAGGUUACCUGACCUUCGACUAUCCGUCCGUUUCGCACAUCAACCACGUGGCGAAACAGAACAACAUCAACAUCAUUUUCGCGAUAGUCACCAAAUCGAACAAUAGCAAUGUGGUGACGCAUUACAGGGCGCUGUCCGAAAACAUCGAAAACUCCAAAAUGGGGACGCUGACCGGCAACUCGAACAACGUGGUGAAAUUAAUUUCGGACAUUUACGAUGAAAUUAAAGAUUCGGUGAGGGUAACUUCCAACGCUACCAAAGACGUCAACGUUAAAAUCACCUCGAACUGUCCAAGCUUCAACGAAAAUGGCUGCUCGAGCGUGAAACCCGGAACGAUUCUGGACUUCAAGGCCGUAAUCCAACCUCUCGAGUGUCUCAAAGGCUCGUCGCAGAGAAGAUAUAUUAAAAUUAAACCGGAGGGACUGGAGGAAAGUCUGAUCAUAGAACUGGACGUUCAUUGCGAAUGUUCUUGUGCGAGUCGCAAAAUUGCGAAUUCCACCGAAUGCAGCGGCCAAGGUGACUUGGAAUGUGGCAUCUGCAGAUGCCACGAGGAACGUUUCGGCAGCAGUUGCCAGUGCGAUCGCACGGAAAGCAGUACGGACGAUGUAUCGGCUUGCAUCAGGCCCGAUGGACAAAACAAAAUUUGUUCAGAAAAAGGAAGGUGUAUAUGCGGAAAAUGCACUUGCCGCGAACGGCAAAACCCCAACGAGCAAUUUUACGGGAAAUAUUGCGAAUGCGAUAAUUUUUCGUGUCCGCUGAUGUGUUCUGGGAGGGGCGUAUGCAAUUGCGGAAAAUGUGAAUGUAAUAGUGAAUGGGCGGGCAAUGCGUGCGAAUGUCCGAAAAGCAAUAGAGACUGCAUGGCCCCCGGAUCAAAUGAAAUCUGUUCGGGUUUCGGCAACUGUACUUGCGGACAGUGCACUUGCAUCCAAGAUAACGACCGCCACUCUGGAAGAUUUUGCGAAGACUGCGUUUCGUGUCCCGCUCAGCGUUGUGACGAGUUUGCGCCGUGCGUCGAAUGUCAAGUGUAUAGGUCGGGGAUAUACAACGAAACGGAAUGCGAAGAAACAUGUACGAUUUUCAAAACCAUAGUGGACGAUAAUUUCAAAGAAAGUCAGAGAGAAGACGUCAAAAAAUGCCGAGUUCUAGACAGGGACGGCUGCACAAUUAAUUUCGAAUACAGUUACGAGGUAAAUCAGGUCGUUAUAAGGUCGUUAGCGUCCAAUCAGCUAAUUACGGUUAGAGCAGCAAACAGGAAGAGUUGUGCCGAGCCCCCCAAUAUUCUAGCGUGGAGCCUUGGAGUGAUUGGAACCGUGCUGCUGGCCGGCAUAAUAAUGCUUAUAAUUUGGAAAAUCGUCACCACCGUACACGACAGGCGAGAGUACGCCAAAUUUGAAAACGAAAGGAACAAAUUAAAAUGGCACAGGUCAGACAACCCCCUGUACAGAGGAGCCACCACCACUUUCGCCAACCCCGCUUACCAGAGAGCCAGCCAAAGAGUCUCCGUGAAGAACUCUCAGUAAACUGUGAUAUUUUUAUAUAAUAAAUCGCGCAAAAAGUU